GCGGAGUGGAAUCGUGGAUCACUGGAAGGCUGAGUAUUUCUGUCUCCCAGAGGAAACAUUUCAUCUCCUGCAGGAACAAUGACUUCAGUUCAGGCUUUGAGAGAGUUUAUUCAGCAGCGACUGACUGCUGCUGCUGGAGAAAUCUUCACCGCGUUUCAACAAACUCUCAUCCCAUACGAGAAGGAGAUGAAUCUUCAGGACAGACUGCUGGAAAUCACAAGAGAACUUCCAGUCCCGUUCUCCAGAACAGAGAGUCCACAGCAACACAUUGGUAACCAGAAGACGAGUUCCAGUGUGGAGCAGGAGGAACAUGAAGCUCCACACAUUAAAGAGGAGGAGGAUCUUGUUGAGAUGAGCGUUACUGAUGGUGGAAGUGAGGAUUCCCACCAGUCUGCGAGAGACUCCACCAUCCAGAGACUCACUGCUGCUGCUGUGGAAAUCUUCACCGUGUUUCAACAAACUAUUGUCCAGUACCAGGAGAAGAUUGAUCGCCGACACAAACUGCUGGAAGUCAUCCUCAAACCUGAAAUCAAGUUACACAGAAUCGAGCUCCAACAGCACCGUGACUGUAGAGAGGAGCAGGAAACAAAGUACUGUCCAGAACAAGAGGAACCAGGACCUCCACAGAUAAAAGAGGAACCAGAAGAACCAGGGAUUCCUCAGUUUCCAGAGGACCAGGAGGAACCAGGGCCUCCAGAGAGUGAGGAUCAUGAGGAUCUCUUUACCAGCCAGACAGAAGCGCGGCUUGUUGUGACGUUUGAAAGUGAAACCUUGAAGGUUCUUUCUGUUGAGGAGCAGAGUGACCUGAGUGAACCAGCAGAAGAACCAGACAGUGAGCAGCUCCUCUCUCAGGACUCUGAAGUCCACCAUGAGAACAAACCAGCUGACUUUCCAGUUUCAGAGAAGCAGGCUGAAUGUGAGGAAACAUGUCAUGAACCUGUCCGUAAAAAACCCAAACUAUGUCAGAAGGUAAGAACGGUCACUGAUAAGAAGAAAACUUGUGACACAUGUGGAAAAAGCUUCAGUGCACAGAGGAAUUUGUUGGUGCACAUGAGGAUUCACACAGGUGAGAAGCCGUACUCUUGUGAGACAUGUGGAAAGAGUUUCAUUCAGCGGUGUAACAUGUUGAGCCACAUUAGAACUCACACAGGUGAGAAGCCGUACUCUUGUGAAACAUGUGGGAAAAGUUUCAAUCGACAGAGUCAUUUGUUAAUCCACUUGAGGACUCACACAGGUGAGAAGCCGUUCUCUUGUGAAACAUGUGGGAAAAGCUUCAGCAUUCAGAGUCAUUUGUUAAUCCACAUGAGAACUCACACAGGUGAGAAGCCGUAUUCUUGUGGAACGUGUGGAAAAAGUUUCAAUCGACAGGAUCAUUUGUUACUCCACUUGAGAACUCACACAGGUGAGAAGCCGUUCUCUUGUGAAUCAUGUGGGAAAAUCUUCAGCGAUCAGAGUCAUUUGUUGGUCCACAUGAGGAUCCACACAGGUGAGAAGCCGCACUGUUGUGAAACUUGUGGGAAACGUUUCACUCGACAGAGUCAUUUAUUGGUCCACUUGAGAACUCACACAGGUGAGAAGCCGUACUCUUGUGAAACAUGUGGGAAAAGCUUCAGUCGUCAGGAUCGUUUGUCGUCCCACAUGAGAACUCACACAGGCGAGAAGCCGCACUCUUGUGAAACAUGCGGGAAAUGUUUCAGUUCGAAGCGCAGUUUAUCGAUCCACAUGAGAACUCACACAGGUGAGAAGCCAUAUUCUUGUGAAACCUGUGGGAUGUGCUUUACUAAUUGUAGUUCUUUGGUGUACCACCGUAAAAUUCACAAAUAGAUGAAACCACGAAGGACUCUCAUGGAGAGCUCUUUCAGGAAGUUCAGCUUGAUCCCCAAACUACAAGAGAUCAUCCAAUGUAAAGGAAAGGUUCCACACUGCAGCACUGUUGAGACGAGAUCCACCUUCAGAAUGUUUUUGUUUGUGUUCUGUCGCAAAAAUGUGAUAUUUCAAGAAAUGGAAAUAAAAUGUUGACAUGAAUUCAAUGGGUUUUGUUCUUCAGUGUUUUUCAGUUAACAUGGCUGAGUGGUAAUUUAACUUAUCAUUUUUUUAAUGCUUUUUUUGGUGGGAAAAAAAACCCUUUUCUGUGCAACACAUGACUGCUAACAUAAAAUAUCUGAAAGCUUGUGUGGAAUAUAAUCUGUGCAGCGUGUCUUCAAACUGAUUACUUUCACCAUCGUAUGUUAUUCAUUUGU